CUCUCUCUCUCUCUCUCUCUGUUUGCAAGUAGAGUUUGCCAUACUGGGCAAGCCUUGCCCGCCACUCCUCUCCAUAUAAUCCGUCCAUUCACCUUCCUUCCUCUUCCUCUCUCUCUCUCUCUCCGUUUGCAAGUAGAGUUUGCCAUACUGGGCAAGCCAUGCCCCACACUCCUCUCCAUAUAAUCCGCCCAUUCACCCUCCUCGCCCCAACCUAGUUUCUUGGCCGCCGACGCCGGUUCCGCGAUUACCGUCAUAUGCAUUCUCUUUCUCCAAUCGCAAGUCGUUGGCGUUUGCUUUCUUCUUCUUGUUACUGAUCUUGAUGCUAUUUCGGUGUUUCGUAGUUCUGGUGAGCUGGGAUGGGUUCGCCUGCGAAGGAGUCCGCUUUCGCCUCCACCUCCGAAGCUGCGGCGCCUCAAGAACUGCAGCUGAUGCCACGAAGAUCGAACCUGUCUCCACCAACUCCGCACGUGCAGCCUCCGGUGUGGGCGCCGGAAACCGCAGCGGCAGCGGCAGCCAAGGGGAGGGCAGUGCCUCCUGUCUUCCUGCGGGCCCAGAUGACGCCUUAUCCGGCUCCUACAAUCCAGGAGAGGCCUCUGCCGCAGGAGGAGGAGGAGAGGAACGAGAGUCCCGCAAGCAAAGCAGAGGGAUCUCCAGAGAAAUCUGGACGUGUUGACAGAAAAUCCUCUGCGUCUGGAAAGAAUUCUAGCUCUAGCUACGUUGAUCACGAUGAAUGGAAGGGCUUCUUGUCAUCUAGAAAGAGAAGAUACGGAGACAUAGUCACCAAGGGUGAAGCUUUACAUCUGCUAACUGCUGAUCAACAUAAUGGUAUCGACAACGAAGCAUCUGAUGUUAGAGGGGAGCAUUCUGUCAAAACGCUGUCAGUUUCACCAGAAUCACUACUGCUAAGGGCAUUGCCACCUGGUUCUGAAACUGAAUUGAACACAGAGAUCGACCAAUGUAGUUAUCCAUCACCAUUGCUAGGAAAUGACCCGGUUGCGCAUAAACAACAGCGGUUGCAGGAUGACGACGGAUUCAGGGAGAGAAGAAAACAGGCAAAUAGGGAGUCGGCAAGAAGGUCAAGAAUACGUAAAAUGCAAGAAUACGAGGACUCAGCAAGGAUGAUGGCCGUAUUGAAAAAUGAGAAUGAUGUACUCAAAGCAAAGAAUGAAAUUCUCAUGAAAAGGAUCGAGGAUUUAGAAGCUGGAAGCAUAAGAAUCAUGGAGAUAUUGAGCAGACUUUACUGGCCUGCUGAUACGUUGGAUGUACUGGGCAUCAGACCGUCGUAGAAGUUUUCAAGACACGACAAUCCUGAAUGUGCUUCUAGGUGAAUACAUUCCUGUUGCUUGGACCCUGCAAGCUUGAACCCCUGACACUUGCUUACUGAUGAAGUUAGUCAGGAGAGGUACACAUGCUGAAAAAAAUUGGAGUGUUUAGGGUAUUUAAAAUUUUGUAUAUUAUUUAAUAUAUGAUGCUGAUUUUUCUUUUUGCGAUAAAAUCUUCACACUUGGAGAGGAGAAACUGCUAAUUUGACAUCUGCUCUCUCAUGUCGGAGAUUUUGAGCUCUCUUGCUGCGAUUGUAGGAUGAAUGUAAUUAAAGUCUAGAGUUCUCUGAUACUACCAAAGUGGCAUACACUUGAGAUGUGCCUGUUAGCCAUUUAAUCUAUGAGUUCAUUUAUACGAGGAAACAA